AUGAACUUGGCUGACAGAUAUUUAAAUUCACUGUGGCUAUUUUGUGACAUAAACUCACCUAAACUUUCUUCUUUUUAUUUUCCAGCAUCUACUACCAGCCUUAGUGAGUCUGACAGUGAGACCGAGGGGAAACAGCUCAGUUCUGACUCUUUUGAUGAUGCAUUCAAAGCAGACUCCCUUGUGGAAGGAACAUCUUCUCGCUACUCCAUGUAUAAUAGUUUCUCUCAGAAGCUUAUGGCCAAGAUGGGCUUCAGGGAAGGUGAAGGAUUGGGUAAAUACAGCCAGGGUCGGAAGGACAUCGUUGAGGCCUCUAAUCAGAAAGGUCGAAGAGGCUUGGGUCUAACAUUACGAGGCUUUGAUCAGGAGCUGAACGUGGACUGGCGGGAUGAACCAGAGCCCAGUGCCUGUGAACAGGUGUCAUGGUUCCCAGAAUGUACAACCGAAAUUCCUGACACUCAGGAAAUGAGCGAUUGGAUGAUUGUGGGAAAGAGAAAGAUGAUUAUUGAAGAUGAAACAGAGUUUUGUGGGGAAGAGCUGCUUCAUAGUGUGUUGCAAUGUAAGAGUGUGUUUGACAUCCUGGAUGGGGAGGAGAUGCGACGAGCCCGGACCCGGGCCAAUCCCUACGAGAUGAUCCGAGGAGUCUUCUUCCUUAACAGGGCAGCGAUGAAGAUGGCUAACAUGGAUUUUGUGUUUGAUCGCAUGUUUACAAAUCCACGGGAUGCCUAUGGGAAUCAACUGGUGAAGGACCGGGGCCCCGAGCUUCUGUACUUUGCUGAUGUCUGCGCAGGCCCUGGUGGCUUCUCAGAGUAUGUGCUGUGGAGGAAGAAGUGGCAUGCAAAGGGCUUUGGGAUGACUCUGAAGGGCCCUCAUGACUUCAAGCUGGAAGAUUUCUACUCGGCCUCCAGUGAGCUCUUCGAACCCUACUAUGGUGAGGGUGGAAUCAAUGGAGAUGGAGAUAUUACCCGCCCGGAGAAUAUCUCUGCUUUUCGGAAUUUCGUCCUGGAUAACACAGAUCGCAAGGGUGUCCACUUUCUGAUGGCUGAUGGGGGUUUCUCUGUGGAGGGGCAGGAGAACCUGCAGGAGAUCCUCAGCAAGCAGUUGCUGUUGUGUCAGUUCCUCAUGGCGUUGUCCGUGGUCCGGACAGGAGGCCACUUCAUCUGUAAAACGUUUGACCUCUUCACACCAUUCAGCGUGGGGCUCAUCUACCUGCUCUAUUGCUGCUUUGAGCGAGUGUGUCUCUUCAAGCCCAUUACAAGCCGUCCUGCCAACUCAGAACGAUAUGUGGUGUGCAAAAGCCUGAAGGUGGGGACAGAUGAUGUGCGGGAAUACCUCUUCUCGGUGAAUAUUAAACUCAAUCAGCUUCGGAACACUGAUUCUGAUGUCAACCUUGUGGUCCCCUUGAUGGUGAUCAAGGGAGACCAUGAAUUUACUGACUACAUGAUUCGGUCUAAUGAGAGCCACUGUAGUCUGCAGAUCAAAGCGCUGGCCAAAAUCAAGGCCUUUGUUCAAGACACGACCCUGAGUGAACCUCGGCAGGCAGAGAUCCGGAAAGAGUGCCUCCGACUCUGGGAUAUCCCAGAUCAGGCUCGAGUUGCUCCUUCUUCCUCAGACCCAAAAUCGAAGUUCUUCGAGCUAAUCCAGGGCACUGAGAUCGACAUCUUCAGCUAUAAGCCCACGCUGCUCACCUCCAAAACCCUGGAGAAGAUUCGCCCUGUGUUAGACUACCGCUGUAUGGUAUCUGGCAGUGAGCAGAAGUUCCUCCUUGGUCUCGGGAAGUCCCAGAUAUACACAUGGGAUGGCCGCCAGUCAGACCGCUGGGUGAAGUUGGACCUGAAGACAGAACUGCCCCGAGACACUCUGCUGUCUGUGGAAAUCGUGCAUGAACUAAAAGGGGAGGGGAAGGCUCAGCGGAAGAUCAGUGCGAUCCACAUCCUCGAUGUCCUUGUGCUGAACGGCAGCGAUGUUCGGGAACAGCACUUCAACCAGCGAAUUCAGCUUGCUGAGAAAUUUGUGAAAGCCGUUUCCAAGCCCAGCCGGCCUGACAUGAAUCCCAUCAGGGUGAAGGAAGUAUACAGGCUAGAGGAGAUGGAGAAGAUUUUUGUCAGGUUAGAAAUGAAGAUCAUCAAGGGCUCCAGUGGCACUCCGAAGCUCAGCUACACGGGAAGGGAUGACCGGCACUUUGUGCCUACAGGCCUCUACAUCGUCCGGACCAUGAACGAGCCUUGGACUAUGGCAUUCAGCAAAAGCACGAAGAGGAAGUUCUUCUACAACAAGAAAACCAAGAACUCCACCUUUGACCUCCCGACAGACUCCAUUGCCCCAUUUCACAUCUGCUACUACGGCCGGCUUUUCUGGGAGUGGGGAGAUGGCAUCCGUGUGCACGACUCCCAGAAGCCGCAGGACCCAGAUAAGCUGUCCAAAGAGGACGUCCUUUCUUUCAUCCAGAGGCACAGUGCUGGACUGGUGGAAUGGCUCAAGCGGUAGAGUGCCUGCGUAGCAAGCAUGAGUCCCUGAGUUCAAACCCAGUGCCACCAAAAAAAACAAAACAACUCCCCCCACCCCUAACACACACACAAACACACAGCACCUGAGGGCUGUGGAAGUCUGUGCCUCUGCCAAGUGCCCCAGCAUUCCCCAAGGCAGGGCACUGUGUUCCCAGGGUCUGCAGUGCUGGUUCCAUCACCUCUUGGGAAGGGACUGGAGAGUGCUCAGCCUGGCCAUGAGGGCGGUGGCCCCUCUCCAUCUCUGAGGAGCUUAUUUGGGGCCUUCAGAGGACACAUUUUCACUCUGGGACACCUACCUGGAAACUGUUUCCCCAACAGGACUCAACCUGAAGGAAGCUGCUCCUGAGGCAGGGUUGUGGUCAGUGCCUAGGGCAUGUGGGACUGGUGGAGGACAUGUCAGAGUGGUAGGCUGUAGACCCACUUUUCUGAGUCCCACGUGUAGGCCUGUGCUUUGCCCAACUUCUAUUGGGCAAACCUUGAGUAUGUGGAGGCACACUGCCUUGAGCUGGCCGGGAGCAGCUGUUGUACAAAUCAAGGUUUUUGUUACUUGCUCUGUUUUGAUGCCAUGUUGGAGAAAACUUUGUCUCCUUCCUCACCCUUCCUGGAGUAGUACUCAGCCUGAACCUCGGAUAGUUCUGGCAGGCCAGGAAGGAGGCAUGUGGGCCUGAUGUCCCUCAUACCACAUUGUGAUCCAGGUUGUGCUGUCUUUGGUACUGGCUGUAACUAGAGCUUUUCCAGGCCCGCCCUUUUGAUCCAAAUGUUGGCAGCUCUAAAACAGGAGGCAGCCUUUUAGACCUGCCUUUUGCUCUUCCCCAGUAGCAGAUGGGUUACCUCGGGGUUGGGUUUUUGUAGCACCUGCAACCACAUGCCACCCUGCCCUGGCCACCCUCAAGUCAUGGCAGAGUUCUAAAGUUCUGAGUUCUGCUACCCUGUUCCUCUAUUAGUAGAUAGAGUCUGUUUUCGUUCAUACUGUGGUCACUCCAUUUCCUCUACUUUGGUGAAGAGGGAGGAGGGCAAGCUGGGUGGCCUUUUUGGGUGGGGGAGGGCACUUGCAGUUGUUUUUGAUGGGGAAUGCCUCAGAGAUAUUCAUGCCAGCUCCCUAGAGCCCCCAUCCCAAUGCUAGACUGGUUUCCAUGGAGAUGGAUCACUGAGGCUCCUGUGAGGUUGGAAUUGACUCCACCACGGGGGUUCUCCAGUCAGCCCUGGCCCCCCCAAGCUGGCAGCAGCACCUCUGAGAUGCUGUAUUUCCACCCAGUUCUGGGUAUAUCAGUGUGUCUUGCAGAAUCUUGGAUCAUUAAAGAUAAACAUAUUUUUAAUGCUUGUGUGUCUGUGUGCUGGGGCCGUUUGUCUUUAGUGCCUUGUGAUUGGGGACUGGCUUGGAUGAAACAGUUUGGGCUGGAGGUGAAGGGAGAGGAAGCUCUACUUGAAGAGGGGGAGAAAGAACCGUCUGUUUAGUUGGAGCCUGUCCAAGCUCCCAGGGCUGCUGCUUGCUGCUAUAGAGGGAGCCCAACGAGGUGGGGGAUGAAUGAACCUCCAGCUACAGGAGGCCAGGGGACACAUUCCCUCUCUUAUAUAAAUCACACAGCUCACUCCGUGGGGGCACUGUGACAAGCCAGGAUCAGUCUGUGUGACUUAAAAUAACAGAGAUGUCAGACCAGUUAGUUUCACUAGACUGGGAAUGGGAGGAAGGAAGGGACAGUGUUGCUGACCCUGGCCAGUCUCCCCUCCUAGGUGGCCAGGGCCCAUUCUGCCCAUGCUUGAGCAGAUGUGCACAUGCCAGCGGUCCCUCUCUUCUCCACUCUAGGGUGAGUUUCUCCACCUGGUGACCUGGUGUUGGUUCCCCUUAUGCCUGCCUACACUUU